UGGGAUGGAUGUGAAGAUGUGCCCGUGGGCAGGCAUGCCAGCCCCUAUCCUCGGCCUGGCCCUGCUGCUGCUUUUCAAACUACCACUCUCCUGCAGCCAGAGCACACAGGGGGCUCCUCAUGAUGGACCUAACUUUGGCUUCACUCACACUGUCUACCAUGCUACAGUUUAUGAAAACUCAGCUGCACGCACCUUUGCCAACAGUAAAGUUAAAAUGGGCAUCCACCUGGCUCAGCGCUCCUGGGAGGUCCGCUACAGAAUCACUUUAGGUGAUGAUGAAGGGCUUUUCAAAGCAGAGGAGUUUGUGCUUGGUGAUUUCUGCUUCUUGCGCAUAAGGACUAAAGGUGGCAAUGCAGCCAUCUUAAACCGAGAGAUUCAGGAUAAUUAUGUAUUGACAGUGAAAGCCUCUGUCAAGGGAGAACCUUUCCUUGAGACCUGGACUAAAGUCAGCAUCCAAGUCUUGGAUAUGAAUGACCUACGACCCUUGUUCUCACCCACCACUUAUUCCGUUACCAUAGCGGAGAGCACACCUCUCAGGACGAGCAUAGCACAAGUUACUGCCACAGAUGCAGAUAUUGGUUCCAAUGGGGAGUUUUACUACUUUUUCAAGGAGAUAAUGGAAUUGUUUGUAGUACACCCAACCAGUGGAGUGGUUUCUCUCAGUGGAAAGCUUAAUGUUGAUGAGCAAAAUCGGUACGACUUAGAAAUCCUUGCAGUUGAUCGCGGAAUGAAGCUGUAUGGAAAUAAUGGGGUCAGCAGCACAGCCAAGCUUUUUGUUCAUGUAGAGCGCGUGAAUGAGCAUGCCCCAGUGAUGAAUGUGGUCACCCACAGUCCCUCAUUGCCUGAUAAAAACCCUGUGUAUGCCAUGGUCACUGCUGAAGACCUAGAUGAAGGUAUAAAUGGAGAAAUAGACUCAGUGGAUAUUGUAGGAGGAGACCCCUCAGAGCAGUUUUUCAUAGAAAGAUCUGGGGAAGGAGAGUUUGCAAUAAAGGCCUCUGAGUUAGUACAAUGGAAGAUAUAUCCUUAUGGCUCUAACCUCACUUUGCAAGCUAAAGACAGGGGAACCCCACAGAAGUUCUCUGCGGUCAAGGUUGUCCACAUUAUCCUCAAGAAACAGCAGACGGGGGAAGCUAUGUUUGAGCGGGAGUUGUAUGAAGUUUGUCUGAAUGAAAUUUCACCACCAGGCACAAUUGUAGAAGUUGUUAAAAUAAAACCAGAGCCUGAUGAUGCAGAAUAUAUCCUGGCACCUUCUGCAAAUUCAGCUUUCUUUCAAAUGAACACCCUAACAGGUGUCAUAUCCACCACUACCUGGCUCACUCAGGGGACCCAGGAUGUUAUUAAUCUUGAGGUAUUGGAAAAAGGUAGUGAGCUCAAAGUUAAAGUGCGUGUGACAAUUGAGGAUGCCAAUGAUAACACACCAACAUUUGCUCAGUCUUCUUAUGAGAUUUUUGUGAAUGAAAGUGUACAAGUUGGGACCAAUGUAUUAACUGUUUUUGCAGUAGAUGAGGAUAAAGGAGAAAAUGGAUACAUUACUUACAGCAUUUCCAGCCUUCUUCCAUUACCUUUCAAAAUCAAUCAAUUUUCUGGUAUCAUCACAACCACUAAAGAGCUGGACUUUGAAUCUUCACCAGAGAGCUUUGUGUUUGUUGUUAGAGCAUCUGACUGGGGCUCGCCCUAUAGGCGAGAGAGUGAAGUCAAUGUAACAAUCCACCUGGAAAAUGUUAACGAUAACCAGCCAUUGUUUGAGAAUGUAGCAUGCCAGGGGGUGAUCUCGAGGGAUUUUCCAGUGGAGGAGGUGAUCACCACAAUGUCAGCGAUUGAUAUAGAUGAGUUAGAGCUAGUGAAAUAUAAAAUAAUUUCAGGGAACGAAUGGGGUUACUUUGACCUGAACCCAGAUUCAGGGGUUCUUGCACUGCGACGUCCCCUUGUGACAGCUAGUCCAAAGAACAGCGUCUUCAGUCUAAAAAUAACAGCCACAGAUGGUGAGAACUUUUCUGAUCCUAUGUUUGUUAACAUUUCAGUUGUUCAAGGGAAAUUUCCUCCUAGAGGUUUUAACUGUAAAGAGACAAGGGUAGCCCAAAAGUUAGCUGAAAAGUUACUUAAAAAGUCCAAAGCUAGCACCAAGCCCAAAAUUGAAGAAGGUUUCAUUGACCUUUUCUCUGUCAACCGCCAAACACCCCAAUUUGAUAAAGCUUUUCCUACAGAUAUAGCUGUGAGAGAAGACCUAAAGAUGGGCUCGAGUGUUUUCAAGGUGAAUGCCUACGAUGGUGACACAGGUUUCAAUGGUCAGAUUCUUUACUCUAUUUCAGAUGGAAACACUGACAGCUGUUUUACCAUUGACAUGGAGACAGGCCUCAUCAGUGUCUUUCUGCCCAUAGAUAGAGAAAAGAGAGAUCGCUAUCUCCUCAACCUAACAAUCUUUGACCUUGGCCUGCCACAGAAAACUGCCUGGCGAUUGCUUAGUGUUUUCAUAGAAGAUGCUAAUGAUAAUGCACCCAAGUUUUUGCAAGAAGAAGGCUAUAGAAUUGUCAUACCUGAAAAUACUGCCAUAGGUACAGAAGUCAUCCAGGUUGAGGCCACUGACAAAGAUCUUGGACCCAAUGGGGAAAUUGUAUACUCUAUUUUGACCAUCACUACCCAAUUUAGUAUCAACACCACUAAUGGGAUAGUAUAUGUUGCUGGCCAACUAGACAGGGAGUUUAUUCCUACUUUUAACCUGAAAAUUGAGGCUCGGGAUAUGGCAGAUAAAGGGAGUCAGAGGUCAUCUGUCACAAGUUUAAAGAUCAUAUUGGAGGAUGUGAAUGACUGUCCCCCACUAUUUAUCCCCAACCUGUACAAAGCAAAGGCUCUGGAGGAUCUUCCAGUCGGUACAAUUGUGGCAUGGUUAGAAACCCUGGAUCCAGAUCUGGGGUUGGGAGGCCAGGUCAGAUACUCUCUAGCUAAUGACUACAAUGGAUGGUUUGAGGUAGACAGGGCCAGCGGGGCGAUUCGGCUGACAAAAGAGCUUGACUAUGAGACCCAACAGUUCUACAACCUCACUGUGAAGGCCAAAGACAAGGGAAGGCCGGUUUCUCUUCUCUCUGUCACAUUUGUUGAGGUGGAAGUGGUAGAUGUCAAUGAAAACCUCUACGCUCCGUACUUUUCCCACUUUGCCUUGACAGCAUUAGUUAAAGAGAAUGUCCGCAUUGGAACUACCCUACUCAGAGUAACCGCAAAUGAUGAUGACACUGGAAGAGAUGGAGAAAUCCAGUAUUCUAUUCGUGAUGGGAGUGGUCUUGGACGAUUCGCCAUUGAUGAAGAGACAGGAAUGAUCUACACCACUGAUAUGCUGGACCGAGAGACCAAGGAUUCGUAUUGGCUAACUGUGUAUGCCAGUGACCAUGGUGUGAUUCCCCAGUUCACUACUAUCGAGGUGUUCGUCCAAGUGGAGGAUAUUAAUGACAAUGCCCCAUUGACCUCAGAGCCACUGUACAGACCCUCAGUGCCUGAGAACUCUCCACGUGAUGUUUCUGUAAUCAAGAUUCAAGCCCAGGACCCUGAUACUGUGCCCCCUGCUGCUGCUGACAGGCUCAACUACCGCAUAAUCAGUGGAAAUCCACAGAACUUCUUCAUCAUCAACAGCCGCACCGGUCUUAUCACCACAACCUCAAGGAAACUGGACCGUGAACAACAAACAGAGCAUGUUUUGGAGGUGAUGGUGUCAGAUGGGGGUCCUAGUCCCAAACAAACUAUAGUGUGGGUGAUGGUUCAGGUCCUGGAUGAAAAUGACAACAAGCCCACGUUUCCAGAGAAGGUCUACCAGAUCAAACUUCCAGAGAGAGAGCGGAAGAAAAAGGGUGAGCCCAUCUAUCGGGUGUUUGCCUACGACCGUGACGAGGGGCCAAACAGCGACCUUUCCUACAGUAUUGUGGAUGGCAAUGAGGAUGGGAAGUUCUUCAUCGACCCCAAGACAGCAGUGGUAUCUUCACGCAAGGCUUUCACUGCGGGGAGCUACGACAUCCUAACUAUCAAAGCAACAGACAAUGGGCGUCCUCAGAAGUCCUCUACAGCUCGCCUGCACAUUGAGUGGGUCCGUCGACCUCCUCCCUCAACUCUCCCACUGCUCUUUGAUGAGCAAUUCUACAACUUCACAGUCAUGGAAAAUGAUAAGGUGGCUGAGAUCGUGGGCGUGGUGUCUCUGCAGCGGAGCUCUGCCCACUUAUGGUUUGACAUCACAGGUGGGAACAGUGACAGUGUAUUUGACGUAGAGAAGUCUGUGGGCACUAUUGUCAUCGCCAAGCCUCUGGAUGCUGAGCAGCGCUCCUUCUUCAACCUGACAGUGCAAGCCACAGAUGGCACCAACAUUGCAUACACACAGGUUCACAUCAUUGUCAUGGACAACAAUGACAAUGCUCCCAUCUUCUCCCAAUCAACCUAUGACGUGAAUAUUUCUGAAGAUACACCACCAGACUCUGAGGUGGUCCAGGUUUUGGCAUCUGACCGUGAUGAGCAUCACCGGCUGACCUACUCACUACAGAGCUCUAUCGACCCCAACAGCUUGCGUCUGUUCCGCAUCCACCCUACAGUGGGCACCAUCUACACUGCUCAGAGGCUGGAUCAUGAGGCCUGUGCCCAGCACAUCCUCACUGUCGUUGUAAAGGACCAAGAGUUCCCCUACAGAAAGAACCUGGCUCGUGUGCUUAUAGAGGUGGAAGAUAUAAAUGACCAUGUACCCAUCUUUACUAGUGCUUUAUAUGAAGGCCAAGUCUAUGAGUCAGCGGCAGUGGGAUCAGGUGUGGUCCAGGUCACUGCUCUUGACAAAGACAAAGGAGAGAACGCAGAGCUACACUACUCCAUUGAAGCAGGGAACACUGGAAAUGCAUUCAAUAUUGAGUCAGUUUUGGGUAUCAUCACUGUUGCACAUGACCUGGAUUUGUCCAGCAUAGGCCAUUAUGUUCUCACUGUCAGAGUCACUGACAAUGGCUCCCCUCCCCUGUCCACCACAACUAUUGUGCGUAUUGCUGUCACCCUCUCUGACAAUGCUGGCCCAAAGUUCCCUCAGCCUGAGUACCAAGCUGAAAUCACAGAGACAGCAGUGAUUGGGACCUCUGUUACCACAGUCAGUGCUGUAAGCCAGUCCACCCUAACCUAUGACAUCAAGCAAGGUAACAAAGACCGUGUUUUUCAGAUUAAUCAAUACAGUGGAGUGAUUACUACCCGAAGACCUCUAGACUUUGAGACUACAGCAUCGUAUACUCUGAUAGUCCGGGCUACCAACAUGGCUGGCAUGGCUUCCAAUGCUACUCUGUUGAUUCAGGUCGUGGAUGAAAAUGACAACCCGCCAGUGUUCCAGCUGCUCCAUUAUCAUGGUAGCAUCAGCGAGGCAGCACCAGUCAACAGUGUGGUCUGGGACUCAGAUGACUCACCUCUAGUAAUCAAGGCCACCGAUGCUGACCGCAACCAAAAUGCUUUGUUAGUCUUCCAGAUUGUUGAGGAUACAGCAAAAAUGUUCUUCACAGUAGACUCAGGGACUGGCUCCAUUAGAACCAUUGCUAAUCUAGACCACGAGACAUUUUCCAAUUUUCACUUCCAUGUUCAUGUGAGGGACAACGGUAGGCCACAGUUGACAGCAGACAGUCCAACUGAAGUCAUAAUACAAGUGAUUGACACAAAUGAUUCACCACCUCGUUUCACCCAGAAUGCCUAUGAAACAGUCCUGCUACUUCCCACCUAUGUGGGAGUAGAAGCUUUGCAGGUUUCAGCUGUUGACCCUGAUAAAGAUGUUCUCACAGAGCUUACCUACUCUCUGACUGAUGAAGUACUGGAGUACUUUGCCAUCAAACCUUCUAGUGGAGUCAUCAUUGUCAAAAACAAUAACUUCACUAAAGAACAUUUUCGCUUCAGUGUCAAAGUUUCAGAUGAUAAAUUCUCCAGCAUGUCUAUGGUGACCAUUCUUGUCCAAGAAGCUCUGGAUUCUGGCCUCAGCUUCACCCAUAGUCUUUACUCUUCAUUUAUUCAAGAGAAUGUGUCAAAUAUCACCCAAGUAGCUGUGGUUAAUGCUGUGGGAAACCGUCUAAAUGAACCUUUGAAGUACACCUUAUUGAAUGCUGGUACACGCUUUAGAAUUCGUCCAACUUCUGGUGUGAUCCAAACUACAGGAAUACCCUUUGACCGUGAAGAGCAAGAGUUUUAUGAACUGAUUGUUGAGGCAAGAAGGGAAUAUGACCAUCUGCAUGUGGCUAGAGUUAUGGUUAGAGUCCAAGUUGAGGACAUAAAUGAUAAUACUCCUGUGUUUGUUGGACUUCCUUAUUAUGCAGCUGUUCAGGUUGAAGCUAAGGCAGGAUCACCUGUUUUCAGGGUCAUGGCAGUAGACGGUGACAAAGGAAUUAAUGGAGAGAUAUCUUACUAUCUUCAGGAUGACCAUGGUCACUUUGAGAUCAACCGACAGACAGGUGGUCUCAGCCUUAAGAGAGCCUUUGAAUCUGACCUGUCUAUUGUGGAAUACCAGAUGGUGAUAUAUGCCAGAGAUGGUGGUUAUCCACCUCUCUCAUCUACCAUAGAGUUCCCCAUCACUGUUGUCAACAAGGCAAUGCCCGUCUUUGACAGAUCAUUUUAUUCUGUUUCCGUUAAUGAGGAUGUAGCUGUGCACACACCUAUCAUGGGCAUCAAUGCCACUAGUCCUGAAGGUCAAAACAUCAUCUACACUAUUGUUGAUGGAGACCCAUCUCUUCAGUUCGACAUUGGUUUUGACACUGGCAUCAUAAGUGUCAUCCACUGUUUGGACUAUGAAUCAGCAGCAUCUUACCACCUGACCAUCAGAGCCACAGACUAUCUAACUGGUGCCCGUGCUGAAGUCGAUGUUGAUGUGAGUGUCCAGGAUGUUAAUGAUAAUCCGCCUAUCUUCCAGAAAAUGUCGUACAGGGUAGUUUUGCCUGAAACAGCCAUGAUUGGAACCCCAGCCCUUCAAGUUAUUGCCACUGAUAAAGACUCACAGAAGAACAAUGUUGUCCGCUACCAGAUCUUCUCAGAUGCACAUAACAGCACAGAUUACUUUCACAUUGAUAGUAGCAGUGGAUUAAUUCUCACAGCACGUAUGCUAGAUCAUGAACUCCUCCAGAAGUAUGAUUUCAUUGUCAGGGCCACUGAUAAUGGCUUUCCACCACUAAGUAGUGAAGUAUUUGUCACAGUUAUAGUGAAUGACAUGAAUGAUAAUCCUCCACUUUUCAAUCAGCUACUCUAUGAGGCAUAUGUGAAUGAGUUAGCACCGAAGGGCCAUUUUGUAGCCUGUGUCCAGGCCUCAGACGCUGACAGCUCAGAUUGGGAAAAACUGGAUUACAGCAUUUUAUCAGGAAAUGAAAGAAUGAAUUUUGUGAUGGACAAAAAGACAGGAAUCCUCACGUUGUCUAGUCACCGGAAGCAAAGAAUGGAACCUGCAUACAGCCUCAAUGUUUCAGUGUCUGAUAGGGUAUUCACAAGCACUGCACAGGUUCAUAUUAAGAUGUUGGGAGCCAACCUGUACAGUCCAGUGUUUGGACAAAAUGUGUAUGAGGCUGAGUUAAGAGAGAAUGCUGCAAUAGGAACCAAAGUUAUACAGGUUAAAGCAACAGAUGCAGAUCCCGGAGUGUUUGGUCACUUCACUUAUUCCUUCAUUAAUGAUGUGGGAAAGGACCAGUUCAGCAUUGAUGCAAAUGGGCAGAUCACCACUGCAGAAAAGCUUGAUCGUGAGGACCCAGCCAAUAAGAACAUAAUUUUGACAUUGGCAGCCCGGGACUCUGGUGGACGUGACUCCUAUUGUACAGUACAAGUCACUCUUUUGGAUGAUAAUGAUAAUGCACCUCACUUCCAUGCCACUGAGUACAGAGCUUCAGUCAAAUCUGAUGUGGCUACAGGAUUUUUGGUGACACAGAUUCAGGCCUAUGACCCUGAUGAUGGCUCUAACGCCAAAGUUACAUACUCACUUUACAGUGAGGCACAUGUCCCAGUGGUAGACAUUUUGGAAAUAGACCCAGACAAUGGUUGGAUGGUGACUAAAGGCAGCUUCAGUCACUUGAGGAACUCUGUAUUAUCUUUUUUUGUGAAAGCUGUGGAUGGUGGAAAUCCAGUCAGACACUCUUUAGUGUCUGUCUACAUCCAUGUUCUUUCUCCAGAUUCUUUAAUUCCUUACUUUAGCCAACAUCAAUAUUCAUUUGGCGUGCCAGAGGAUACUCCAAUAAGUUCAACCAUAGGGAUGGUGCAACUCAAUACUCCUCCCGGAUAUGCUUUGCUCUCUGCUACUUUUGCCCUGGUUAAUGGAGAGACUGGAGAAAACAACCAAGAUGGAGUAUUCGUGGUGGAUAAGGACACUGGUGUGAUCAAGCUCGAUAAGCCUUUGGACUAUGAGGUAAUCAAAGGAUACCACUUCAAAAUCACUACCACUGUACAACAGGCUAAGCUGGAUUCUGUGACUUCCGUUGAUGUUGAAAUCAAAGUAUUUGAUCUAAAUGACAACAAACCAGCCUUUGAAGCUAACUCAUAUGAGGCCACAGUUAUGGAGGGAAUGUCAGUUGGAACCAAAAUCAUUCAAGUGCAAACAGUAGACCCAGACUCAGGGGCCAAUGGCCAGGUAACAUACAGUCUUGGGGAAUUAAUCCAGUCAGAAGGAGAUUCAGAUACACUGGUUGACACUUUUAGUAUUGACAGCAACACAGGCUGGAUCUCAACAUGCAAAGACCUGGACCAUGAGAUCAAUCCAUCCUACACAUUCACAGUUGUGGCCUCAGACCUUGGGGAAACUUUGUCUCUUUCCAGUACUACUACUGUGACAGUAGCAGUGGCAGACAUCAAUGACAACCCACCCAGGUUUCUGGAGCAGCACUACUUUGGCUCAGUUUUGGAGAGUGACCCACCAGGAGAGGUGGUAGCUGUGCUGAACACUAGAGAUGAUGACAGCUCUGCUCUUAACCGGCAAGUCAGCUACCACAUCACUGGUGGGAACUAUCGGGGUGUGUUCGCGCUGGGCUUGGUUCAGGGUGAAUGGAAGAUGUAUGUGAAGGGGUUGCUAGACAGGGAGGAGCGCAACCUCUACAUCAUCAAUGUCACUGCAAGCGAUGGACUUUUUGUUUCCCAAGCAACCUUGGAAAUUACAGUGAUAGACACCAAUGACAACAACCCCAUCUGUGACCAGGUUGUGUACACUGCUUCAAUUCCAGAGGACCUCCCAGUCAACAGUGUGCUGCUGAGGGUUGGAGCUACAGAUGCGGAUGUGGGCGUCAGUGCCUGGAUCCAGUACUCCUUACAUGGUCCUGGCUUCCAGGAUUUCAGCAUGGACCCAGACACUGGUGAGGUCAAGUCAUCUGUGACUCUGGACCGUGAGAUGACAGCCAGCUAUCACCUGGUUGCCCAGGCAACUGAUGGUGGUGGGAAAUGGUGUCGUUCUGAGGUGCAGCUGGUAGUCACUGAUGUGAACGACAACCCCCCAAUCUUCACCCUGUCACAUUACACUGCCAGCAUCUAUGAAGACACUGCCACCAAAGCCCUGCUCACCCGUAUCCAGGCUAUUGACCCUGAUGAAGCAGGUCCAGGCCGGAUGGUGGCCUAUUCUCUGGCUGACUCUGCUGGAGGCUCAUUCUCCAUCGAUAAAUCCUCUGGCAUCGUUGUCCUGGAACGUGUUCUUGACCGCGAGGUCCAGUCGGCUUAUCAGAUAACAGUCCUUGCUUCAGACCAGGGUUCACCACUGCCUCUCUCUUCAUUGGUCAAUGUGACGAUCACUGUGCUUGACAUCAAUGACAACCCGCCUGUUUUUGAGCGCCGAGACCAGAUGGCAACAGUGCCAGAAGAUGUGGGAGUGGGCACCGAAGUUCUGAGAGUUCAUGCUGCAAGCAAGGACAUCGGAACCAAUGCUGAGAUCACCUACAGUAUCCGAUCAGGAAACGAGCAUGGGAAGUUCCACAUCCACCCACUGACCGGUGCCAUUCUAAUUGCCCAAACUCUGGAUUAUGAGACGUGCAGGGACUACUUCCUGACUGUGGAAGCUCGUGAUGGUGGCAGACCACCACUCAGUGCAAUUUCUACAGUGAACAUAAACCUGACGGAUGUCAACGAUAAUGCACCCAUGUUUAGCCAUGACGUCUACAGUGCAGUGGUGUCAGAGGAUGCCAACAUUGGACAAUCUGUAUUCCAGCUAUUAGCAGAGGAUUUGGACAGUCAGCUGAAUGGAGCAAUCCUCUACUCCAUUGUCAGUGGAGACCGAGACAACCACUUCUUCAUUGACCCACUCAGUGGGGUCAUCAAGGUCAACAAGCAACUGGACCAUGAGACAGUUCCCAGCUAUUCAUUGGCUAUCCGAGCCCUGGAUAGUGGAAUCCCACCCAUGUCCUCCAACGUGAUGGUCAACAUAGACAUCUCUGACAUCAAUGACAACCCUCCCACCUUCUCCCCGGCCAACCUCUCUACUGUAAUACAGGAAAACAAGCCAAUCGGCACCACCAUCCUACAGUUAUCUGUAAUUGAUCAGGACUCCUCCCACAAUGGCCCACCCUUUGACUUCCGCAUCCUGUCAGGAAAUGAAGGCAGAGAGUUUGUGCUCGAGAAGGAUGGAACACUGGUGACCAAUCAAGUUUUCAGAAGAGACCUGGCAACUGAAUAUGUUAUUCAGAUACAGGUGAAGGACUCUGGGAAACCUCGCUUGUCCUCCUCCUCCAUGCUAACGGUCAGGGUAAUUGAGGAGAGUCUUCACCGCCCUGUGGCAUUACCACUUGAGAUUCAUAUUAUCACUAUGGAAGACGAGUUUCCUGGUGGUGUAAUUGGUCAGCUGCAUGCCACUGAUGCUGACCCUUAUGAUGCACUGACCUUUGGCCAUGCACCCCCGGCCCAGCGCAGUCUCUUCAAGAUCAGUCCUCGGGAUGGGAAAAUCAUUGCCCUGGGUGGGUUGGAUGCAGGCAGGUACUACCUUAAUGCAAGUGUUAGUGAUGGCCGCUUUGCUGUGCCUGUUCCUGUGAGUGUGCACGUGGAACAGGCGACACCGGAGAUGUUGCGUGAGGCAGUGACAGUGCGUUUUGAAAGUGUGGCACCACAAGACUUUGUGGCAUUGCACCUGAAGAGCGUGUUGCAGGUGCUUCAACGGGCGGCUGCAUCACAGCAGCAAGACAUGCUGCACCUUCUCAGUCUGCAACCAGUUGGUGGGACGCAACAAUUGGACUUGCUUCUCGCCGUGGAAACAGUGGCGGGUGGCUACUACAAGGCAGCCUACCUCACCCAGAAACUGAGUGCAUCGAGGCGGCAGCUGGAGGAGGUCCUCAGAGUGUCAGCAAUCCUUGAUAAGAAUUGCUCAGGGCUGGAGUGUCGCGGGGCACAGUGUGAACAGAACAUCAUCCUGGACUCACACAACCUUGCUACAUAUAGCACGCCACGGGUCAGCUUUGUCUCACCACGCUUUCAACGGACCUCACGUUGCACAUGCAGUGAUGCCACCUGUGCUGUGCUGACAGAACAAUGUGAGGACCAGCCUUGUCCAGCAGACAUGCAAUGUGUUUCUGUUGAGGCCACCAGAGGGCGAUAUGCGUGCCAGUGUCCACCAGGCAAACUGGGAGAGUGUGCAGGUCAUUCGUCUCUGAGCUUCUCAGGUAACAGCUACAUCAAGUAUAGACUGUCUGACCGGCUGCAGACAGAGUUGAAGCUUAGCCUGAGGAUCAGAACACUGCAGAGCCGAGGAAUCAUCAUGUACUCACACACGGAGCCCUGCACUGUGCUGAAGUUGGAGGAGGGGAAGCUUUGGUUCCAGCUGGCCUGUGGCCUUGGCAGUGAUGGAGGUGGAGGUGGUGACAGUCCCAAUAUGUUGCGGAUCUCUGGCCGCCGUAUCAGCGACGGCAGCUGGCACACUGUGGUACUGGAGCUAAACCGUAACUUCAGCAGCCUGGCACUGGAUGACAGCUAUGUUGAGCAACGCCGGGUACCACCGUUCAUACAACCACUCUCUCCAGAUAGAACCAUCUACUUUGGAGCACUGGUGCAGCACCCCAACUCUCGCAGUCUCAUGGACUCCCAGAAGGACCCUCGGGUGCUGGAGGGUUUCCAGGGUUGCCUGGACUCAGUCAUGCUGAACAACAAUGAGCUGCCGCUGCAGAACAAGCGAUCUCGCCACGCAGAGGUGGUGGGACUGACGGAGCUGAAGCUGGGCUGCAUCCUUUACCCCGACGCCUGCCUGCAGCAGCCCUGUCGCAAUGGAGCCACUUGUACCAGCCUGCCCUCUGGGGGAUUCUCAUGCAGUUGUAACCCCCUGUACACCGGAGGGCACUGUGAGAUGGAGAUAACGGCCUGUGUUCCCAACCCAUGUCAGAACAGUGGAGUGUGUAAACCCAUUGGCAAUGCUUUCCUCUGCAGCUGCAGAAGAGGCUUCAAGGGCUUAACGUGA